CACACACACACACACACACACACACACACACACACACACACACACACACACACAGGAAAGCACAGAAUCCUCCUGUUCAUAUGAUAACCCUCGUGAAGCUAGUUAAAUGACUCACACAAAGUCGCAGGCACUAGGACCCUGCAGCCCGGCCACGGCGCCGAGGUCUCCUGUACCUCCACCUGUUUGCCCGCCCAGAGCAGCUGAGUAGCUGACCGGCACGGGUGCAACAACAGUCAGGUUCACCAGCCUUAUCUUCCCAGAGAUAGUGGGGGGUCAGUCAGUGCGUCUGUCAGUCGGCUCGUCCCUCUAAAAAAAAUAAACAAAAAUCCCCCCCCCCCCCCAACCACAACUUUAUUCCUAAAGGCUAAAGCUUUCCAGUCGGUGGAGGCGAGGAUGGUUGCCUGCUUCUUCCUCACCCGGGGGGGCCUGCUGCUGGCGUGGCUGGCCCUGCCCGGCUCCCUGCUGGGGGACCUGGUGUUCCGCUGCCCAAGCUGCACGGCCGAGCAGCUGGCCGCCUGCCCCAAGGUGAUGGCGGUGUGCGGGGAGAUCGUGCGGGAGCCCGGCUGCGGCUGCUGCCCCGUGUGCGCCCGCCUGCAGGGGGAGCCGUGCGGGGUGUACACGCCGCGCUGCUGCACGGGCCAGCGCUGCUACCCCACGGCGGAGGCCGAGCUGCCCCUGCAGCAGCUCAUCCAGGGCCUGGGCCGCUGCGGGCCGCGGCAGGAGGAGGAGGCGGCGCCGGCGGACCCCCCCCCCAAGGGGCAGGGCGCCAACGAGGUGCACGGCACCGAGGGUUCGCCGGUGCGUCCGCCGGCCAUUGAGCCAUGGAGCAGGACCAAAGUGUCAGCCGUGAUUAAGCACAAGAAUGACCUUGAUUCCAGGAUGAAGAACACCCAGUCGGACGACGCCAGACCCCCACUCUUGUCCCAGAGCUCCUGUGAGCAGGAGCUGAACCGGGUGUUGGAGGAGAUCUCCAGGAUGACCCUCCAGGAGAACCUCUACGAGCUCCGCUUCCCCAACUGUGACCGCAACGGCCUGUACAACCUCAAACAGUGCAACAUGUCCACCCAUGGCCAGCGGGGGGAGUGUUGGUGCGUGGACCCCAUGACCGGGACCCAGCUGCCGGCCACGCCCCGGGUCAGAGGGGACCCCAACUGCAACCUCCUCCAGGAGGACCCCGGCACCGUGCCCACGGCCGCCGCUAUGCGCUAGGGCCUCGUCCACAGUGUCGUCUGUUUGUUUGUAUGCUGAGCUUGUUUGUGGUUUUGUUUUUUUACCGAGGCAACAUGGCUGUAAAGGAUGUGGCAAGGAUUUCUGUGUGUGUUUGUGUGUUUUUGGGGGGGGGACGGCUUUAUAAUGAUGGCGAUCACAUGUCACAUCUUUAUGAAGGCAGAUUGACUGUGUUUUAUAAAGCAGGUAAAAGGAUAAAAACCAGGAGACACAUUCCUUUCAGAUCCCCUUCAUACAUAUGAGAUAUUGGCCGAACAAAAUAAGUAUUUAAGUGAAAUGAUCCAUGUUGAAAUAUAUGUUGAAAUAGGAAAUGUAUGUUAAAACUUACAUUUAACAUCAACAUUGUUGUUACCUAUUUUGCUUAAAUUUUCCUACGCACCCAAAAUGGUUGAUCUGCCGUUUGUGUGUGCGUGUUUGUGUGCGUGUGUGUGCGUGUGUGUGUGUGCGCGUUUGUAUGAGGGGCCGCCUGGGACAGAAUUCAUACUUGGUCUUACACACACUAUUAUCUCGCAUAUACACCACUAUACUCAUA